UCACGUGGUCCGAUAGAUAAAUGAAGAGGAGGAGCGUUUCUGAAUCACAGGUUUGUUGACCACAGACAGACAGACAGACAGACAGAACCAGGAGCUGAAGAUUUGAAGUUCACCUACAGCUGACGAACGAGCUCCAGGCAAAAUGUGGCGUUCAGCCUUUCUGUUAUUGGCUGCCAGCUUGUCGGUGAGCCUGGCCAGACCCCGCCUCGAACCACUGUCCAAUGAGAUGGUCAACUACAUCAAUAAGGCCAACACUACUUGGAUGGCUGGUCACAACUUCCAUAAUGUCGACUACAGUUAUAUCAGGAGACUCUGCGGUACGAUGCUGAAGGGACCUAAGCUGCCAAUCAUGGUUCAGUAUGCUGGAAACCUGAAGCUGCCGAAAAACUUUGACUCCAGAGAGCAGUGGCCCAAUUGUCCCACUCUGAAGGAGAUCAGAGACCAGGGCUCCUGUGGAUCCUGCUGGGCAUUUGGCGCUGCAGAGGCCAUCUCUGACCGAGUGUGUAUCCACAGCAAUGCCAAGGUCAGCGUGGAGAUCUCCUCCGAGGAUCUGCUGAGCUGCUGCGAGAGCUGUGGCAUGGGCUGUAAUGGUGGCUACCCUUCAGCUGCCUGGGUCUUCUGGACCAAUGAGGGGCUGGUCUCUGGCGGUCUCUAUGACUCCCACAUUGGUUGUCGGCCCUACACCAUCCCCCCCUGUGAACACCAUGUGAAUGGCAGCAGACCCUCCUGCUCUGGGGAGGGUGGAGAUACACCCAAGUGCAUCGCACAGUGUGAAGCUGGAUACACACCCAGCUACAAAGUGGACAAGCACUUUGGUAAAUCGUCGUACAGCGUGCUGUCAGAUGAGACGCAGAUUCAGGCUGAGAUAAGCAAGAAUGGCCCAGUAGAGGGAGCCUUUAUCGUCUAUGAAGAUUUUCCGCUGUACAAGUCUGGUGUGUAUCAGCAUGUGUCUGGGUCUGAGUUGGGUGGUCAUGCCAUUAAGAUCUUGGGCUGGGGAGAGGAGGAUGGUGUUCCCUACUGGCUCUGUGCCAACUCCUGGAACACUGACUGGGGUGAUAACGGAUUCUUUAAGAUCCUGCGAGGAUCGGAUCACUGUGGUAUUGAGUCUGAGAUCGUGGCGGGGAUUCCCAAAUAAAUUCAAAGGUUUUGAGCUGCGGCGUCAUUACUCAACCACGAGAGAGCGACACACUCAGAAUGCCUCCUCUCAAACUCUUUUAACAGCUUUUAGUCCUUUUUUUAGAUAAAGCCCUCUGAUCACCUUGCACACAUAUUGCAUGUGGUUUUCUUUUGACAAACAGACAGAAGAAACUCUAGAGCAACCUUCACCUCAUCUAUUAGCAGAUAGAAUAUGUGCCUGAGCACAAAUCAGCAUUGUUUUAUUGAAUGUGUCUUUUUGUGAAUGAGCUGUUGCAAGGUCUUGUUCCUUCAUCUCUUAAAGCAAUUGUUAAUCAAAGUUGCACAGGAGGGAAAUGGUUUUUAAAACAGUUAGGUGCAUUUCAUUUUUCUCAGGUGAUUUGAAGCAUAUAGUCACUGUUGUAGAACUGUAUUUGUUCCCCAUGUCGUCACAUUUUCGGCACUGACAACACAGCCCAUGACUGAGAGAAAUUACAAGACUCCAAUACAACAGAGACUCUUCGAAAGUGUCCAAUUUUUAAUGAACACAGCUUUUCAUAUUUGACAUUUCAACAUUCAACAUUUUCAGUGCCACAAAUGCCACUCCAUAAUGUUAGGAUGUACCCAUUGUGAUUGGUGCCUGUUAGUGUUUUUAAGUUUUGUGUAUCGGAUGAGAAAUUGAACUUUCUUUUUAAAAAUUUUGGUUGAUAAUGGGAUGUUUUUAUUGUCUGCCUGUAUCAAUCAAAAUAUCGGCGCAUAACUGUUUUGUUCUGAAAUAAAUAAAACAAUGAGGCUCUCAA